CAUCCGGCUGUCCCUCUUAGUUGAGAUGCUUGACAAUAGAUGUCCCUGGCCCGCUUAUCACAACCACCGCCACCACGACCGGUGGCUUUAGAGACGUAGAGUAGUGAGAGCUGAGUGCGUGUUCGCCCGUCCUCGACUGGAUGUCUUAGGACGCUUCGCACGUGACACGGACAGUUCUAAUUUUCUUUUGCGAAACUUCGAAUGCGGUUUUCACCAUGCCUCUGACGAAUAGCUCAAGGCAGAGCCUACGAUUGACGGAAGAUCAGUUGGAGGAGCUCUCGGAACAGUUUCACACGAUUGAUCGAGAUGGAAACGGGUACAUAGACGUGAAGGAGUUGAGAGAAGCCCUGGAAGUAGUUGGGUUCAAAGUUCCCCAAUAUAAGAUCCGGCAGAUGAUCCAGGAUGUUGACAAGAAUAGAGAUGGCAGGCUUUCCUUUGAGGACUUCCAACAGUUGUGUGCAGACCUCAAGUCGCAGGAGGUUGGUUCAACAUUCAAGCAGGUUGUAUCUCGCAGAGAGAACUUGGAAACAUUGGGAGGAAUGUCAGAGGCCAGCAGUGAGGGAACAACUCAUAGUGUUCGUUUGGAGGAACAGCUUGCUUUUUCAGACUGGAUCAACACGAACUUGGGUGGAGACCCUGACCUGAAACACUUGAUGCCACUUGACUCUGAGGGCAAGAAACUGUAUGAUGCUGUCAAGGAUGGAAUCCUCCUGUGCAAAGUUAUCAACCUUUCAUGCCCAGACACAAUAGAUGAGCGAGUGAUCAACAAAAAGAGUCUCACUCUUUAUACAAAACAUGAAAACUUGACACUUGCUCUUAACUCAGCUCAGGCAAUUGGCUGCAAUGUGAUCAACAUUGAUGCCCAUGAUCUCGCUAAGGGCAAGCCACAUCUCGUUCUUGGACUUCUUUGGCAGAUCAUCAGGAUUGGUCUGUUCAACCAAAUCACUCUUGAGAAUUGUCCUGGCUUAGCUGCACUUCUCCAACCUGGAGAGCAGCUUGAUGAUAUGAUGAAGCUGUCUCCAGAAGCCAUCCUCAUUCGAUGGGUUAACCAUCAACUAGAAAGAGCUGGGGUGGACAGACGUCUUCAUAACUUCACCAGUGAUGUGAAGGAUUCAGAAAUUUACUCCCACUUGUUGAAACAGAUUGCUCCAAAUGAUGCUGGAGUUACAUUGGAAGCCCUACGGGAGUCUGAUAUGAUGAAUCGGGCAGAGGUCAUGCUCCAACAGGCUGAGAAGCUGGGUUGCAGAAGCUUCCUCGCCCCCCAGGAUGUUGUUGAGGGUGUUUAUAAACUGAACUUGGCUUUUGUUGCCAACCUCUUCAACAACCAUCCAGCCCUGGACAAGCCAGAUGACAUUGAUAUGAGCAUGAUUGAUAACAUUGAGGAGACCCGGGAAGAGAAAACAUACAGAAACUGGAUGAACUCCAUGGGAGUGAGCCCUCAUGUGAACUGGCUGUAUUCUGACUUGGCAGACGGACUUGUCAUCUUCCAGCUUUACGAUGUCAUUCGUCCAGGCAUUGUUGACUGGAAUCGUGUUCAUAAAAAAUUCACAAAGUUGAGGAAGUUCAUGGAGAAGCUGGAGAACUGUAAUUAUGCUGUAGAACUAGGCAAGAAGCUCAAGUUCUCUUUGGUGGGGAUUGCCGGGCAAGACCUGAAUGAUGGGAACCAAACGCUCACACUAGCACUCAUAUGGCAAUUAAUGCGAGCAUACACUCUCUCUAUCCUGACUCAGUUGACUCAGACUGGGAAUCCAGUUGUUGAGAAGGAGAUCAUUGACUGGGUCAACAGCAAGCUUUCUUCAGCUGGCAAGUCUUCAUCAAUCCGGAGUUUCCAGGAUUCCUCAGUAGCUGAUGGCAGGGUUGUCAUUGACUUGAUCGAUGCUAUCAAGCCUGGAACUGUGAGCUAUGAACACGUUCACUCAGGUGGAACUCCAGAUGACAAUUUGGCCAAUGCGAAGUAUGCCAUCUCAAUGGCUCGCAAGAUUGGUGCACGCAUCUAUGCUUUGCCAGAGGACAUUGCUGAGGUGAAGCCCAAGAUGGUGAUGACUGUGUUUGCAUGUCUCAUGGCGCGAGAUUACAUUCCUAACUUGGACUCAAGAAAGCACUAAGUAAAGGGACCAGUCCUGGUUUCACCUCCACCCCCCUCCCUCCCCUCACAGCCUUCUCUUCCUUUCCCCAUUGUUUCACUCUCUUGCCCCUCCUUUGCACUUUUGUUUUCUUGCUGAUUUUGAAUGGUUUUAUAUUUUAUCCUUGGCUUGGUAAUUCAUGCCUUUCAUUUUUCUUGUCAGCUGUCAUCAGCAUUGUCAUCCUUUGUUUUGAUCAUGACUCAAUCCUGUUUUGAUUCUUAUAUGCAAUGAAUCAUUCAUUCGUUUUGCAUUUGGUACCAGAGAACAAUUGUUUGUGUUGAAAUUGUUUGUGUUGUUUCUGAUGUUUCUGCCCUCCUUUCUUGCUAUUCACAUGGCUUUUAAAUCUUGAGCUUUCACCUUUGUAAUCAAAAGGACAUAUUUUUAUUUUGAAGAUACUUGAAAUUGCUUGCUAUAUUGUCAACAUGACAUACCAUCAAGUUAUGAGACCAGACAUUAAGCCUUCCAGAGAUUAUUCUGGAUUUAUGGUGCACAUCUCUCACCCAAACCUGUCUCUGAUAGUCAAAGAAUUCCCUCCAUGAUCCAUCAGUCAUUGUAGAUCAGUUAGUGCCUUGAGUUUUUAGUUGGUAUUUUUUAUGAGCCUUGGCAUCAUUUUUGGCUUGUGUGCCAAAUCUCGCCUACACACUUUUUAUGUAGGCAUCCAUGCACUUCCAGUGGCCCAUGCAAAGUCCAGUUUGCAUAUGAGAUUCCUGGAUCAAGAAUAAAGGAUUUUAUUUCAACCAUAA